UCGGGCGCGUCUGGUGGCGGCGGGGAUUGGAGCGCGAAUCCGCCUCGUGGGCGGCUGGUGGCUCCGCUUCAGGAGGAUCCGCCUCAGCGGCCAGUUGGUUCCCGCUGGUGCCUGAAGCGGGAGGAAGCGUACUUUUCGGACUCUCGCCUCUUCCCCGCCCGCUCCAUUCCAUGGCAAGAUGAACGCCGCCGGUCUGCCGCGCUUCUUCUUUCUGGCCGUUCUGGCCGCCUUGGCCGCCCAAGCGGUGCCCCGGGAAGCGGGGAGCUCCCCUCCGGGCUCCCGCCCGCCGCAGCGGGAUGCGCCGAGUUUCUCCCGGCAGCAGAGGAAAAGCCUAGCCAUGGAUUUCAUCGUGCCUUCUCUGUUCCGGACCUACCUGCGGGAGCUGGUGCUGGGCGGCGGGGAACCCUUGGGCGGGUUCAAGGCGCGCUGCAGCCUGGUGCUCGCCUGCCAGCCGCUGCUGCGCGCGGUCAGCUCUUGGCUCCCCAGGAGCGGGUCGGCGGCGCCUGCUGGCCGCGCCAGAGCCCCGUCCAAGGUGCUGAAAGGCGGCUCGGUGAGGAAGCUGCGCCGCGCCAAGCAGCUGGUGCUGGAAGUGGGAGAAGCCAACCUGCGGGAGGACUGCGCGUGGCAUCCUGCCGGGGAAGGAGCCCAGGCAGAGGCACGCCAGAUCGAGUUCACCCUGACCGAGGAAUUCAGCUGGUGGAUCCGCUCUGGAGAAGGCAGGCUGAGGAUCCGGCUGAUGCCCGAGAGGAAGGCGUCCUUCCAGGGCAGAGAAGGCAGUUUAUCAGCGGCGAUCAGAGCCUCCCAGCCCCGUCUGUUCUUGCAGAUGGCCACCAGAGGUGUCAACAUUCCAGAAUCUCCAACAAAUAUUCCUCCACGUUCUUUGGAUUUUACUGCUUGGAAUUUGUCCUGGGUCAUGAGAGAUUCCUACCCUUCCUUUGUUCCCAGAGGGCGGCACUUUUUUGACUGCAAUUUUGAAUCGCACUGUGAUCUAGAAUAUUCCCCACCGAUGAAGGAGGGACAUAACAGAUCCUGGCACCGAGUGAGUGCAGAUGAAUUCUCACGGCUCCAUCUUUUGGAUGGCCCAGAGAGGGAUUACUCUGAAAAUUCAGCACAAGGCUCGUUCCUAUACCUCAGUACAUCAGAAAGCAUGAACUUCCUCAUUCUGAGCCCUUGGCUGAAAAGCACUAGUGAAGACUGCACUGUGCAAGUGGCUGUCUACAGAUACUUCCAGCAAAGUGGGGAGUAUGUCGCUCAGGUUAUCCAUGCUGAUGAAAGCCACAACAAAAUCCCAUUGAUACCGAGCAGAGAAAAGCACGGAUGGGUGCUUCUCCAGGAAAGAGUUGGACACCUCGAGAAACCUUUUCGGAUCUCCUUGGAAUAUAUUGCUAGUGGGAACAGAAGUGUAGCUGUCAUUGAUUCCUUUGCAAUGAAGAACUGCAGCACAGGUUCUCCUUCUGGUCCUAAAAUGGCUCUGCAGAGUUCCUUCAGCUGCUGGAAUGGAACUGUGAUCAAGCUGGGACAGGUGUGUGACUUCAUCAGAGACUGUAAAGAGGGAGAAGACGAGGGACAGCUGUGCAAAAAACUUCCCUCUGGCUUCUACUGCUCCUUUGAAGAUGAAGACUGUGGCUGGACUCAAAGUUCAUCAACUUCCCAAGAAGCCCAUCUGUGGCAUAUUGGAAAUCCACAACAUAGCCAUUUUUGUUUGAAAGAAUGUGCACUUUUGCUUAACACCAGUGAGAUGCCAGCUGCAGAAACAGUUGUGGUGACUAGUGCUGUGUUUCCAGCUCCCAUGAAAAACUCACCCUGUGAGCUCCGGUUGUCAUGGCUCCUCCAAGGCAUCUUUCUUGGAGAUGUUUCCCUGGUCCUUGUCGAGAACAAGACUGGGAAGGAACAGAGCAGGAAACUCUGGCACUUGGAAAAUAGAAAAGGAUUGGGGGUGUGGCAGAAGAUGCUCAGGCCUCUCACGGAUGUAUCAGACAGGUUUUGGCUUCAGAUUGUUACAUCCUGGAAAGUUGGAUCGGAAGCCAUCAUUGCUUUUGAUAAUGUGUCACUCAGCCUGGACUGCUAUCUUACAAUCAAUGAAGAGAAGACAUCUCGAGACAACAGCCCGGACGCAGGCAAUCUGCUCACUGAAAGAGGCAGGGGGGAAGGGCAGAUUACAGAAAGGCCAACACAGGAUCCUGCCCCAGUUGGCCUUGGAGAUCAUUGGCUCUUCAGUACUUGUGGUGCUAAUGGACCUCAAGGGCCCACCCAGACCCAAUGCAAUGAUGCCUAUAGGAACUCCAAUCUCAGUGUAGUGGUAGGGACGGAGGAUAAUUUUCCAGGUGUACAAGUGUGGAGAGUGCCUGCAACCAAUACUUACAGAGUCUCAGGCUAUGGGGCGUCUGGUGGCAAAGGGAAGAACAGUAUCAUGAGGUCACAUGGCGUUUCUGUGGUUGGAAUAUUUAAACUCCAGAAGAACGAUAACUUGUAUAUUUUGGUGGGACAACAAGGAGAAGAUGCCUGCCCUAGUACUCUGACCAACCAAGUUAUACAGAAGGUCUGCAUUGGAGAGAAUAAUGUCGUUGAAGAUGAAAUUAGAGUAAAUAAGAGUGUCUAUGAAUGGGCUGGAGGUGGUGGUGGAGGUGGAGGAGCAACUUAUAUAUUUAAGAUGGAAAAUGGAAAGCCAGUCCCCUUGAUUGUUGCAGCAGGAGGUGGUGGCAAGGCCUACAGGGACAAGGCAUAUACAUUUCACCAAGAAAAACUGGAGAAUGACACAUCUGUUCCAGGGCUCAGUGGGAAACCAGGAGCCGCAGGUGGUGGAGGUGGCUGGAAUGAUAACACUUCCUUCCUCUGGUCGGGAAAAUCCUUGCUGGAAGGCGCUACCGGAGGAAAAUCCUGCCCCCAGGCCAUGAAGAAGUGGGGGUGGGAGACAAGAGGGGGUUUCGGAGGGGGUGGAGGGGGGUGCUCCUCAGGUGGAGGAGGCGGAGGAUAUAUAGGUGGCAAUGCAGCAGAAAACAAUGACCCUGAGAUGGAUGGAGAAGAUGGUGUAUCUUUUAUUAAUAAUUAUUAUGGUUCAUUGUACACCCCUGCAUUAAAAGUGACAGAUGGGCACGGCGAAGUCGAAAUCAAAGUGCAUGUGAACUGUAGCCACUGUGAUCACGAUAUGUGCCACAUUGAUAUGAAGACACAGGAGGUUAUUUGCAUAUGUGUUUUCGGGUAUGUGUUGGCUGAUGAUGGUGUCUCUUGCAUAGCUGAGCCUGUACUGCCUACGAAGAAUCCUUCCCUCUCCUUGGUCUUGUCUGUAGUGACAUCUGCCCUCGUUGCUGCUCUGAUUCUAGCCUUUUCUGGGAUCAUGAUAGUGUACCGUCGGAAACACCAGGAACUUCAAGCUAUGCAGAUGGAGUUACAGAGCCCCGAGUAUAAACUGAGCAAGCUGCGAACCUCCACCAUUAUGACUGACUACAACCCCAAUUACUGCUUUGCAGGGAAGACCACAUCCAUUAGUGACCUCAAAGAGGUGCCCCGGAAAAAUAUCUCUUUGAUAAGGGGUUUAGGCCAUGGAGCCUUUGGGGAGGUGUACGAAGGUCAGGUGGUUGGCAUCCCCAGCGACCCCAGUCCCUUGCAAGUGGCUGUAAAAACUUUGCCAGAGGUUUGUUCAGAGCAAGACGAGCUGGAUUUCCUCAUGGAAGCUCUAAUAAUCAGCAAGUUCAACCAUCAGAAUAUUGUGCGCUGCAUUGGGGUGAGCUUGCAGGCUCUGCCACGCUUUAUUCUGCUGGAACUCAUGGCUGGAGGAGACUUGAAAUCUUUCCUGAGGGAGACACGGCCUAGGCCGAGCCACCCCUCUUCUCUAGGCAUGCUGGACUUGCUACAUGUGGCUCGCGACAUUGCUUGCGGCUGUCAAUAUCUGGAAGAAAAUCACUUCAUUCACAGAGACAUCGCUGCUCGAAAUUGCCUCCUUACAUGUAAAGGCCCUGGGAGAAUAGCUAAAAUUGGAGAUUUUGGGAUGGCCCGGGACAUAUACAGAGCCAGUUACUACAGAAAAGGAGGGUGUGCAAUGCUCCCUGUCAAGUGGAUGCCCCCCGAGGCCUUCAUGGAAGGGAUAUUUACGUCCAAAACGGAUACCUGGUCAUUUGGAGUGUUGCUGUGGGAAAUAUUCUCUCUCGGAUAUAUGCCCUAUCCCAGCAAAAGUAACCAGGAGGUCUUGGAGUUCGUAACAAGUGGAGGAAGGAUGGAUCCACCCAAAAACUGCCCCGGCCCUGUGUAUCGAAUAAUGACGCAAUGCUGGCAACACCAGCCUGAAGACCGGCCAAACUUUGCCAUAAUAUUAGAGAGGAUUGAAUACUGUACUCAGGAUCCUGAUGUGAUCAACACAGUUCUGCCAGUGGAAUAUGGCCCCUGCAUUGAGGAGGAAGAAAAGGUCCCCGUCCGCCCUGAAGACCCCGAAGCAAUCCCUCCGUUGCUAGUCUUGCCGCAGAAAGAGAAAAAAGGUGUUCAGCAGCUCCUGCCUUCGCCACCAUCCUUGGCCUUAGCCAUCGCUACAGGGAAGGCUCUGGUGAAAGCAGCUAGUGUCGAUCCAUCAGUCUGUGCUACUACACAGGCCCCCCUGGAAGGGGGACAUGUCAACAUGGCGUACACUCAGUCCAAUGCCGCCACUGAGCUCCACAAAGGCCGAGGGUCCAGAAACAAGCCUACCAACCUCUGGAACCCGACCUACGGCUCCUGGUUUUCAGAGAAGCCCAUAGUCAAAAACACUUCACAGGCGGAGAAAGAGGCAACUGAGAGGGAAGGUCCGGGGCAUGAAGGGAACUGUACUUUGGGGCCCAGCAUUGUGACUGGAAGGCUGCCAAGCUCCUCCCUUCUUCUAGAACCAUCUUCGCUGACAGCCAGCGUUAAGGAAGUGCCUCUGUUCAGGCUCCGCCAUUUCCCCUGUGGAAACGUUAACUAUGGAUACCAACAGCAGGGCUUGCCCUUGGAAACUUCAGCCCCACCCUUGUGCCAGCAGCUGCGAGGGCCCUCCCCUUAGGAACAAGGCCAACUCCCCCCACCAGGGCCCCCGGAAAACAUCCCAUCCUUUUGACUCUCUUCCCGUGGGACUCGUAAGCCUUGGUGCAAACAUCGGCGUCACCCAAACAAGCACGAGUGCAGAACAAGAUGCCCUUCUGUAAUGUGCCAAUGCGCUCUGAAGUGCCACCCUUGGAAGCUCUGCUUUUCGAACCUGCAAGAAGCUUCCGUUUGUCAGAGCGCGCACACCCCUUACACACACACUCGAAACACCCGAGGACAACAGUCAGUAUUAUCUACAAGGCCCCACUCUCAGUUGCAUAAAGUCAUCUGCAUGGUUGUUCUCUGUGCCCUUCCCUGUGCGCUGCUUCCUUCUCUGUUGUUUAUGUGCCGUUUCAAGACUCACUGUCAGAGAGUUUAAUGUCUGGGGAUUUCCCUGUACUGCCAGAUGCAGCGUCAGGGAAAUCCCUCUUGCUGCCAGAGAUUUGAGGAGAGGAUGGGGGAAAUGUUGCACUCUCGCUGAAAUUCAAAAUCAGAUAAACGUGGACUCCCAAGGGGCAUGUACCCAAACAGUAACUCAGCUCCAACAUGGCCCUUCCACAAGCAUGCACAACUAUUGUGGUAGUCUUAAGGGUAGCAGAAACACAUUUGCUUCCACGCCUUUGGUCUACAAGAUGGAAACUGCAGGAAUUUAAGGAGCAUGGUGAAGGUCGGUGAUUUAGUUUGAUUGAAAAGGUGAUGCCCUCUCCCCCUUUUCUCUGUUGUGGUUGUGGGACGCCAAGGGUCAAAUACUUUAUCCUCCGUGUUGUAGUUGGUUAUGCCACACACUAGAGGAUAAGAUUAUCGAGGUGGUAAGAAUCAGGUUGUUCAACAAUGAAAUCACCGCUAUUAUGCUUCAGUUAAUACUAUGGGGCAGAGUUUAGACAAACAGAAAGUAGUCGAUUGCCGUGGUGUGUGCUGACUCCCGUUUUUCCCCAGUGAAUAAGGAUAUGAUUUUAUUUAGUAUUAGAAUUGCAUUGCCGAACAUGGCACUGUAGGAGAUGCGCCAAAGCAAGUGUGUUCUAACAAAGGUUUUAGAACAACCACAGUAGCCAACUCUCUAAGUCAUUGUUUUGACAAGAGUCAAUAUCCACACAGAGAAAAAUCAGGACUUGAGCAUAUGAUGUAAAAAUUACUUGCCAACUUCAGUGCAUUCUCAGACUCAAACAUACCAUCAAUCCAUGCUUCAGCAUAUUUCACAGCUUAUCUUAUCAUGCUAUCGGAACUGAAACAAUCUGUCAAAAUAUCCUGCAAUGAACUGGGGCCCAGAAUUGCUCUUGCUUGAGCACAGGCAGCAGAAAGAAAGGCAUUAGUGGAGAGGGUAAUGCCUGUGAUUCUAUUGCAUAACCAUGGUGCUACAAAUUAGGAGACCACACCACUAUUGCAGUUGACCACUAAUAAUCCUUGUUUCCCCACUGACACUUUGAGGCAAUAGAUCACCCCCAUGGAAGCUGUAUAUAUGGGCAUACAAACCUCGUGCUCACAUUCGUUCCCAUGAGCAGAGCAAACGAGGAGGAAGCUUGGUUUGUGUCUCUUGCCUCGCUCAAGAACUUAUAGCUACUAAAUAAAUGCAGGUGCAAUCCUGUGCACGAUUGCACUGCAUAAGGCUCAUCGAUUCAAUUGGAAUUGAUGUAUAAAUGAAGAAAUCUGACCUUCCUGAGUGAUAGAGAAAAGAGAUCCACUUUCCACAGAUACUUGUUUUCUGGAGGAGCAGUAAAUCAAUGGGGAAUGGCCUUGAAUCCUUAGCUGCAAAUUACAGUUGGACAAAUCUAAUCAUGGAUCCCCAUUGUACAGUAAUGUGUCUUGCUCCCAUCACGGGACAACCAAGAACUUUGAAGUGCAGCCAGCUCAAACAGAUAAAAGUAUUGGGCCUACUUCCAGCCGUCACAGCCACUGAAGGUAUUUAUAUAUUUUUUCUUGAGUUCAUAAGGCAGCUAUAAAAAAUGCUUCAUUUGAAAAAAGUGUGCCUGCUCACCGAAUCAGAGGCAGUGUUCAGUUCAUUAUAGUUUGGUGGAUGCUGUGCCUGAAAGUCCCACUUGCUCACAGCAGGGAGCAUGUCUCAGAUGACCCCAAGGGGCAAUUAAAAAGUACAACUUAACACGCUGCAAGAUACCUGAGCUUAAAAUAAUGGUCAUCUGCUAGAAACAGCCACGUUCCUGUGCUGUUAUUACAAUCCACUGCAGAUUGGCUGGUUCAUGUGCGUGAUUAACAUCAAGGCACACUGCAGAGCCUCACAGUCCAACCCACUCCUGGAAGAAAAAGCACUAGCCAGGAGCUUCUCCAGUACAGCAUCCUUUUGUGUUGCAGUUGUGGGGGAAAGCUCAUGAAAAGCUUCCUUAAAAACAGGCCUCCCCCCCCCCCCCGCAUCACCACCACCCAAAGUAGAGGAAUAUGAAUGGCAACCUUAGAAGCAUAGAAUGAGCUGUGUCUUAUACCAUUACUUGUUUGUGAAGGUUCUACGCCACAUUUGUAGCAUGUCACAACUCUCAGCAGCAGAGCUACUUAUCCAGGGUCUUUCAUUAGGGAAAUGAAACUAAAUCCUGUUACACACCCAGCAGAGGUGUGCAAUAAAGGAUUUCAGUCACAAUACUGUAAAAUAGCUCGUAGUAUUUAUACUUGGUGAGAUAAAGCUUACCAACACAUAUGCUUUGUUAGCCGAGGCACAGACGGAGGUUUCCGUAUCACCAGAAAUAAAUGGAAACACUAGCAGAGGCAGGCUUUGCUCCUUAAACGACACCACCUAGGCAGAAGCCGUUUCCAUGACUUUAUCAUGAGUUAGGCAGCAAGGAGUAUGAAACAGCUGGAGCACCAUCACUGCUUUCUAAAUGUAUUUUUAUUUCCCAGUGCCUGAUCAGAGACUCACAUUGAUUCUACAGCAUUAAAAUCUUAAUAGAGACUAUACAGGAGAGCAAAAUCAUGAGCUUUCAGCAAUUCCAGUGCAAUGUUCACUUCAGCGUCUGUGUUUGGCCUUUUAUAGCACCAGAGAUUAGCCAGGAGACACAAUGGAGCUUUUGAGACAAGAAAACUAUGAGCAAAAACUGCCUCCCAAAGUUAUUUACCCUAUUUGUGGGCAGUAAAUGUAGGAAGGUCAUUUAUCCUAAAGCAAUUGGGGCAGGGGGGUAGAAUUGGCCCAGAAGGUAUCAAAGGGUAUGCAAGGAAAAAGUUUGGUUUGGUUCAUUCACCUAACCCUAACCCUGAAAGAGGAGGACUGGAAGACAGCCCAUUACUUCCUUCAAGCGUCAUGGUUUAGGGGAAUCUGCAAAAGACAACUCUCCACAAACCUGUCAGAAAAUUAUUUUCUCUUAGAGGUUUUAGGCCAACUCUCAUCUAAGAAUUGACUCUGCUUCCUGUGACGUUAGAAAUGUGGGAAGAGUCCCAUAUGCUCAAGUGCAAAAUACAGUCCGUUGAUUUGAGUAGCCAAUGAGUGCAUUUUCUCACCCAAUCCAGUGCAGGAGGACUCAAAAGCAACCCCCAACUCAGCUUUUGUGGGGCUUGCCUCCAAGUGAGCAUAGGAGUGCAGCACCAUCGAACGUCCCUCACACUUGUUUCCUUUCCCCAUAAGGACGCAGAAGUUCAAAAUGAAGUGGUUUUGGUGGAGCAUUUCCCAGUCAUUUUUCAGUGCAUGACUAGGUACGGCAGCUGUAUGCCAAGACUUUCCUUUUAUGUGUCUGCUCAUAUAGGUGAGGCCACCAGAUACGUCUAAACCUUGAGCAAGUACUACCUUUUCAGUGUCCUUUCACAGCUCCGUCACCUCACCCACGGAAGUCUCAACGGAGUUAUGUCUGAACCUUCUGUACCCAGCCUCUCCUUCUGUAUCAAGGCUUUGUCAUUAGGAAUGUGUGUCACAUCUGUACAGAAGCUUAUGCAACAUUGCUCAUAAAUCAAGGGCCUAUGCGUUUCAGGGAUCCUUCUCAAGAUAAAAUGCUAAUAUAUGAUCAUUAAGUAUUUUGUAUUGUAUUUGUAUUGUAAUCAAGUGUAGUGAAGCUAAAGGCAUGAAGACAAAAUAAAAUGACUGUAAAGGAAA